AAAAUAGGGCGGGACUGAUCCUCGCCGCUUUUGUAGCGAAACAAUAACGAACUAAAAAUAUGAGGAUGCAUUGGUACUUUUAGCCACGACGAGAUUGGCAGGUUUAGCAAAAACCAGGGAAAACCAGUCCCAGAGACAAGAUGGCGCCCCAUUACAAGGAGACGGACGAGGCGGAGCUCGGGAAGUGUUGCAUUUGUUUCAGCCUGCGGCGCGGCGUCCUGUAUUUCGUGUUCCUCGACCUGAUCUUUUCUUUCAUCGCAUUUCUGAGCUUCAUUACGGACGACAUGCGUCCGGUCGCCGGCGGAUACAGUGUCUACGGACGGAUCGCGGCUGCGUCGCUGGGUCUGCUCGGACUCAUGAUCGGGUUCUCCCACGGGAAGAUGGGCGUGUUUGACGCGAACGCCGAGCGUCUGUCCGUUUGGCUCACGUUCGUGUACUUCAAGGUCAUUGCGUUGCUUUGCAUCUACGGAAGCGACCUCGGAGCCCUGCUCAAGUGCCCCGAGGGCGGCGAGGGCGACAGCGAGGCGUCACCGACGAUUCGCACACUGGCCCUGAACAACGCGUGCCCCAAGGCGUUGAUUGGGUCCAGCAUCGUCUUUGGCUUGAAGCUGGUGUUUCUGCUCUGCACCGUCUACGUCACGCGACGACUCAUCGAAAAAUGGAGCGUGGGAAUCCGCUACAAGAUCAACUUCAACCGGGACCCGUGGUUCAUAAACGACAAGAGUUUCGAAGACACGACCUCCUACAUGACCCUAGAUCGGAGAGGUGGAGCUGUGGAUGUUUGA